CUAGUUUGGAUGCUGGGCUUGCUGUUCCCACAGUUUGUGUUUUAAUGUAAAGCACAUUAAGUUAUCUUUAAUGUAUCCAUAUCAUUUCUGUAUCAUAUUUUAUAAACAUAUCAGAUCAUAUGUUGUCUAUGAAAAGAAGUCACGUGCAAAGUAACUAUAAUUGUAGAAAAGAUUUUCAAAAUAAAACCAGGACACUAGUGCACACGCUCUCAUUUAUGGCUUUAAUAUUAAUAAUAUAUCAAUAAGAUAACGCAGUGAAAGGGGACACUCUGCACCAUCAGUACUUUUACAGUAUUUUACUGAUUCUGAAAUAAGAAGUUGUUACAACAGAAAAUCUAAAUAUAAAGGAGUGUGUGUGGAAGUGAAUUAAAUACUUAUAGUGAUUAUUAGUACUUCACUCUACUUUUAUUUUACUACUUUUACUCGUUCUGAGUACUUUUAACAGCACCGAGUUUAUUUCCUUUAUUGAAACUCCGCAGGAAUAACAACAGGUUGUUAAGUCACUUCCUGCUGUUAGAGUUUCCUCUUCCGCUGCGGCGUCCGCAUCGGCCAGACUUAAUCAAUACAGAAUCAGAAGCAUCGAUCCGGGCUGAGGAGCGGGGGACGCGCUGCGGAGCUGAUGGUCUCCGAGCCUGCGUCUGUCCUCCUGCAGACUAAUGGCAGCAGCGGAUACAAAGCCUGGAGGAUCUGAGGAGUCCAGUUUGCGGUCUGAGGAGUCCGUGAUGAGGUCCCAGGAGUCGAGGCUGGGGUCCGAUGAGUCCAGGCAGAGGUCAUCGGGCUCUGUCAGCUCCUGGGAGUCGGAACUGACCACCAUCCAGCACUCCCUGAAGUUUGUGUUGACGCUGAAGGAAGAGUUUGUUUGUCCCGUCUGCAGAGGAGUCGUCCUCAACCCUCAGCAGAACUCCUGCGGACACAUCUACUGCUUCCACUGCCUGCAAGGACUGCUGGAGAGUUCAUCACCGUCCAGCCCCGUUUGUCCAGUGGACGGCGUUGAGAUCACGCCAGCUGAGGUUUUCCAGGACAACUGCUGCAAACGGGAAAUCUCAAAUUUAGAAGUGUACUGCACCAACUCUCCGGCCUGCAGCUCCGUCGUCACGUUACACCAUCUGCAGGACCACCUGCGGUCGUGUCAGUAUGAGCAGCUGCAGUGCUGCAAUCCAGGCUGCGAGACGGUGCUACAGAGGAGAUACCUGCAGGAACACCUGACCAACACCUGUCCUCACCGCUUGGAGCCCUGCCUCCACUGCCAGCAGCCGCACCGACUCAGCCUCAUGCAGGAUCAUGUGCAGAACUCCUGUCCGGAGACGGAGGUGGACUGUCCCAACAACUGCUCCCAAAAGGUUCCCAGACACAAGCUGACGGAGCACAGAGACUCGUGUCCUGAGGUUCACGUCGCCUGUUCUUAUCAGAGGUUCGGCUGCUCCGUUCAGGAUAAGAGAGCGAAAGUGAAGCUGCAUGAAGACGCCGCUGUCAAUCAUCACAUGCUGCUGGUCCUGAGGAGCAACACGCACCUGGAACAGCAGGUGGAGGUUCUCCAGGAGGAGGCGCAGCUGAGACAGCAGGAGGUCCAGACGGACAGUUUACUGCUCACUGAUAUGCAGAAGAAGAUCAGACCGCUUCUGCAGCAGAACAGCAGCCAUGAACACAUCAUCUCUGCAGCUCAGAGGACUCUGAGCAGGCAGGAGGACGUCCUGUCCACCAUCCAGCUGGAGAUCCAGCAGGUGUCUCGGGGACUCGGUCCUGGUCUGGAGGAGCUGGAGCAGCAGAAGUCUCUGGAUGCUGUGAUUGAAGAAGUGUCGGCAACCGAGGCCCUCAAAGAACACCUGGGAACCCUGGAGGAGAAUCUGAAGCAUCACUCAGGUCUCCUGGAUCUCCAUGCCGCUCAGCUCAAUCGCAACAAGCAGCACCUGCAGGAGCUCGAGGCAACAUCCUAUGACGGCAGACUGAUCUGGAAGAUCGACGACUUCAGGAACAGGAGGGAAGCCGAGACCAAAGGUCAGCCACCUUGCCUGAGCAGCGCGCCAUUUUACACCGGACGCUGCGGCUACAAAAUGGCCGCCAAGGUCUAUCUGAACGGGGACGGGGAGGGAAGAGGGAAUCACCUUUCCCUUUAUGUUGUCCUGAUGCCGGGAGACUUCGACGCUCUGCUGACGUGGCCUUUCAGACAGACCGUAUCUCUGUCUGUUCUGGAUCAAAGUGGCGCCGGUAACCACCGGAGUCUGAGCUUCAGACCUGACCCGACAUCCAAAAGCUUCCAACGACCCGCCGGCGAGUUUGUCAGCAACGUCGCUGUUGGGUUUCCGUGCUUCAUUCCCCACAACAUGCUAGAGACUCCACGAAACGCUGCGUAUGUCAAUGACGACACGCUGUUCGUCAAAGUGAAGGUGGACCUGGCAGGUUUGGAGCAGCUGUAAGAUUCAGAACUUUACGUUACCGUGUGUAGGAUUUGAUUUAUUUUUGUAAUUUGGCACCAUCUGGUGGUCAUUUCAGGAAGGACACUGUGGUAGGCUAUGACCAAAAUGUUUAACUUUUUUCUUUAAGCUCUCAGGGAUCGUGUGGAGUUCUGACUCCCAGAUACCAACUCCAACACACACUGUGGUGACUAUUAUAAUGCUCAUUAAAAUGAUAUCAUGACUUAUCUAUCUGAGUGUAACUAUUGGUGCUCAGAUCAAGUUAUUUAAGUCUCAAGUCACUGAGCUAGAGUCCAAGUCAAGUCUAAAGUCACUGAGCUAGAGUCCAAGUCAAGUCACUGAGCUAGAGUCCAAGUCAAGUCACUGAGCUAGAGUCCAAGUCAAGUCUCGUAAAUGUCAGGCCUGGUUACGCUAUAAACUGCUAAUACUUAUUUGGCCACAAUUAUGAUUAUUCCAUUAAAGAAAUGGUACAGUUUCACAUAGACCUACCUUUGCUUACCAGGAACAUAAAGUGAUGUAUAUUUGCACAUUAUGUCUGUUUGAUCCAGAUGCAGCUGUAGUCGUAAAGAGACCGGGCAAUACAAUACAGCUUUAAUAUAUUGCUGUCCGCGGGAGCGCGCACAAUCAGUUUUUCCGGCGGACUAUCACUUUUCACACACUUGUGUUUGUUGCCCUGAAGUCACUGUGUGUGCAGCUUAAGUCUGACUCGAGUCCUCAUCUCUGUCAGGUUAUCUGUAGAUGUUGAACAGUUUAGUACUGAUCAGGAUUCAUUAUCUGAGGAUAUCAGGCUUCCUAUUCUGUCCAAGUCUGUUUUAUCAUGAAGUUGUUACUGCCAGCCUGGAGACAAAGGAGAACCAGAAGAAGUUGUCCACAAAUCUCAUGUUAUUGAGAAAGGAAAUUUGCUUUGCUCCAAAAAACUGAAUUCGUUACUCGUAUGACAGGAGAAGAGUUGUUUGUCCACAGGCUCCGAAAUACAAGUUAUUUCUUCAUGUUAAUGCUACUGUUGCAUUGUGCUCUACUACUGUAGACAGGUUGUACGGUUUUAUUUUUCUGGGUGUUUUCAUUCUGCAGUAUGUGAUGUCUACACAGACAACCGUCCGUUCAAGCCACAGUUCUUCUAGAAGUCAAUAAAACGCCAAAACUGACUGCUCAAUGGACAGAAGUAAAUUUAUUGGGCUGAACAGAAGAAGUUACAGUAAUCCUGGUUUCUGAUUGCCAUCAGGUUCAAGUUAGUUUGUGAUAACCACUCAGGUUUGAAGCAAAAAGAUCACACACUUCAGGUCACCUCCAUCAUGCUUUGUGUCUGUUUACAAGAGUUUUUCAUUUUGUUGUUGCUACAAAAACGAGAGAUGCUCUUUAUCGGCCCUGAUGUCAACCUGCUAUGUUGAUCAGGUAUGGAGCGAGGAAGUGGGAUUGUUGUGUACCUAAAGACGAGAACAAGCUUCUCAAUCUUUCUGUGAAAGAGAUGACUCAGGGUUUUAUUGAGCAUGAAGAAAUAAAGGAUUAUUUUAUUAAAUAAA